CAAAAAUUCAGAAACGUACCAACGUAAAUAAAAUAAACUAAAGUACAAAACAAACGUUGUCACUCCCAGACAGGAUUUUACUGUGUGACUGACCAAAGCUAGUGAGAGACAGAAACAAAGAUGGCGUCUUGGUGUGCUGCAAGGACCUUCCACAUUCCACCCAUCAACUCCGCCGUUCUCCACCGCCGAGCAUCAUGGGCCGCCGGGAUCGGUGGAGCUUCAGCUGCCGGCACUGCUAUGUGGCGUUCCUCUAAGCGCUCUAUGCCUUUCUUAUGCAUGAGCCUUUCCACUGAUACCCGGAUCAACAAGGAAGCUGUUCAGACUGAAAAGGCCCCGGCGGCAUUGGGGCCGUAUUCUCAAGCAAUCAAAGCCAACAACCUUUUAUUUGUCUCGGGUGUACUUGGUCUUGUUCCUGAGACAGGGAAGUUCGUCUCUGAUGAUGUUGAAGAUCAGACUGAGCAGGUUCUCAAAAACAUGGGGGAGAUCCUAAAAUCUGGGGGUGCCAGCUAUGCAUCAGUUGUUAAGACAACAAUUUUGUUGGCUGACUUGAAGGACUUCAAGAAAGUUAACGAGAUCUAUGCUAAAUACUUUCCUUCACCGGCCCCAGCUCGCGCGACAUAUCAAGUAGCUGCUUUGCCAUUGGAUGCCAAGAUUGAAAUUGAGUGCAUAGCAGCACUGUGAGCUCCAAUCUCCAGUAAAAUCAAGUCAAUAAUACAGGAGGGACAUUAUCCAUUACUUUGGUCUUUUCUAGUUGGAUCAUGAUUCUCUGACUUAAGAUAUUGUGCACAUUAAAAAUGAGAGAAAUUGGAAGAGUAGUUUUAUUUUGUGACACGAACCAUAGUUGGAUGUUAACUCUCAUUAUUUCAAAUAAUAAAGUGAUUUGUCCCAAAGGUCUGCUGUAAA